AUGGACAUUUCCCAACCAAGGAGCUGGUUUCUUUCCUUUCUCCUCGUGUGUGUGCUAGCCCCAGAAGUCACUGCAGAAGCUGAGGCAACUUCAGAUGGCCCUACUGCUGCCCAGGAUAUCACAUGGCUCACCGACGUCCCAGCCGCUAUGGCGUUCAUUGCUGCUGCUGAGGUGGCCCUCAUUGGCUUCUUCCAGGAUUUAGAAAUACCAGCAGUGUCCAUAUUCCGUGAUAUGGUACACAACUUCCAAGAUGUGUCAUUUGGAAUCAGCAAUAACUCCGAGGUUCUGACCCAUUACAACAUUACUGGGAAUACCAUUUCCAUCUUCCGGCUGGUGGAUAAUGAACAACUGAAUUUAGAGGGCGAAGACUUUGAAAACAUUGAUGCGAGCAAAUUAAGCCGUUUCAUUGAGGUCAACAGCCUCCACAUGGUGACGGAGUACGGCCCUGUGACUGCAAUUGGCCUGUUUAGCAGCAAUAUUAAAAUUCAUCUUCUACUGCUGAUGAACAAGGCCUCCCCAGAGUAUGAAGAGAACAUGCACAGAUUUCAGAAGGCAGCUAAGCUCCUCCAGGGCAAGGCUCUCUUUAUUCUGGUGGACAGUGAGAAGAAGGAGAAUGGGAGAGUGAUAUCAUAUUUCAAACUGAAGAAGUCUCAGCUACCAGCUUUGACGAUUUAUCGAACUCUAGAUGAUGAGUGGGAUGCACUGCCCAUAACAGAAGUUUCAAUUGAGCAUGUGCAAAACUUUUAUGAUGGAUUCCUAGAAGGGAAACUGUUGAGAGAAAAUCAUGAAUCAGAAGAAAAGACUCCAAAGGUGGAACUCUGAUUUCUUCCUGAUACUUCUGCAUACUGCCAAAGUGUCUACUUUAUGCUGAAUAAAAAGGGACAAUUCAAACCUCAGAGACACUAAACAGGAUCCCUAGGCCUUCCAACCCCGCCCCCAUCAAUGCACAUAUCAAGCUCCACCUUGUUCCUUGAAAUCUCAUUUACUCCCAUUCUCUUUUCUUCUAAAUAUCCUGUAUUCUCUCACUACCCACCCAAUUUCCUAUUAAGUAUUCAUAUUGUAUAGGCCCAUCUAUAAUAGAUGCAAGCUUCAGGAGAAAGACUAGGAGAUCUUAUGAAGGAGAGGCAUUCUUAGAGAUUGUUCUGACCUGUCAUUAAUAUUGAGUUUGUAUAUUAUUAAACAACAGGAUCCCUAGGCCUUCCAACCCCCUCCCCAUCACAUGCACACAUACUAGACAUAAUUUACAUAACACAGUUUCUGCUCUUUUAGGGUUAUCUAAGGUUGAAAUCCUGUCUUUCUUCAUAGAUACAUGUCCUUCUCUGAUUCAAGGCCAAAAACAAAAAGAUGGUUUUUAAACACCUCACUGAGACUGUCUUCUUGUCAGAAGUUGAAUGAUAUCUCCAAGUCUCUGAACUCAGCAGGAAUGUAACACAGAAAAAUUAUAGGCUUAUUUAACACUCCCAAUUCCCCAUGUAAAUCAAUGACCCAUGUA